CUCGCACAUAUUUCUCCUCUCUUUUGAAAUCGAUAAAAGCGAAACUGCGACAUGGAAGCAAGAUGGGAAGCAACUUCCGCAGUGGAUUUUUGAAAAAGUCAAAUGAAAGUUGCAGACUUAUUACUACUACGGUGUUAGGAGUUGUCCUUGGAUACUUUCUUGGAAAUUUCCUUCCAGCAUUAACCAGCUCCCAGCUUACUGUACUUCCCAGACUUUCUACCUUUGAGACCUCAUUCAUUGAAAACAGUAGAUCUCUUGGGAAUAGCCUUUCUUUAGCAUCGAAACAUGGUUUGAACAGAUCUAGACCUUCCAAGAGUCACCGGUCAAGUGAUCCCUUGAAGAUUUAUGUAGAAACAAAUCCUCGUGGUGCAGAGCUGUUACCUCCAGGGAUUAUCGUUUCUGAAUCUGAUUUCUAUCUGCGUAGAUUGUGGGGUGACCCUGAACAGGACCUGAAAGCGAAGCCAAAGUACCUGGUUACAUUCACUGUUGGAUUUGAUCAAUGGAAAAAUAUUGAAGCUGCAAUUAAAAAGUUUUCGAAGGAUUUCACCAUUGUGCUCUUCCACUAUGAUGGCCGGACUAGUGAAUGGGAUCAGUUUGAGUGGUCCAAGCAUGCAAUUCAUGUCAGUGUGAGGAAGCAAACAAAAUGGUGGUACGCAAAGCGGUUUUUACAUCCGGAUGUUGUAGCAGCUUAUGAUUACAUAUUUAUAUGGGAUGAAGAUCUUGGAUUAGAACACUUCAAUGCAGCAAAGUACCUUAAAUUAGUAAAGAAACAUGGUCUAGAGAUAUCACAACCUGGUCUAGAGCCAGACAAAGAGUUAACAUGGGAGAUGACCCAAAGGAGAGGCAACAGUGAAGUUCACAAGGUGACAUUAGAAAAACCAGGCUGGUGUACUGACCCACAUUUGCCUCCGUGUGCAGCUUUUGUGGAGAUUAUGGCUCCAGUAUUUUCAAAGAGUGCUUGGCGUUGUGCUUGGCAUAUGAUACAGAAUGAUUUGGUUCAUGGAUGGGGACUGGACUUUGCAUUGCGAAGAUGUGUGAUGCCCGCUCAUGAGAAAAUUGGUGUCGUUGACUCACAAUGGAUUGUUCAUCAAGCUGUGCCUUCUCUUGGGAACCAAGGAAUAUCUGAGGAUGGUAAAGCACCAUGGCAAAUGGUGAGGGAGAGGUGCAAAUUUGAAUGGUCACAGUUCCAAGCUCGCCUUACAAAUGCUGAGCAAGAUUAC